AUGUGUUUGGGAACUCUUACUUUUACCAUAUUUAUAAGGUAUAUUCAUUUUGAGAUUUUUAAACUUUCACGCAUACUUAAUCAAGCAUAUUCUUAUCAAAUUUUAUUAGACUUAAUAGGAGAAUUUUCAGUAGUAUUAUGUACACUUUAUAACAUAUAUUUUUCUUUAAUAUCAUUAAACUUAUCAGAAGUAUUAUCAGAUAAAGAAACUAUAGGAUCUUUAAUAUGGGUUCUUGUAUAUUCUACAAAAAUUAUUUUUGUAAAUAAUCAUUGUACUAAAUUCUACCAUGAGAUAGAAGUAACAGCAAAUUUGCUUCGAGAAAUAGAUAUUUACUACUUAGAUAAUUCCAUUAGAAAUGAGGUGCAACAAUUUUUAUUACAAAUUUUUCUUCAUCCUUUAAAAUUUAUUGCUGGUGGUUAUAUUCUUAACAACAAGUUAUCAACAAUGAUUUUUGGUGGUAUAAUGACUUUUUUGGUUGUAUUGGUACAAAUCAGUUCGUCACCAAGUAUGAUGAAGCCUUUAAGCAGUAGUGCGAUCAUUGAAGAUUAA